AUUAGUGUCGCUACAACAAUGCCUGUUGUGCCUCAAAAUUUGUUAAAUUUAAAUUCUGAAGAAACGAAAAAGUUGUUCAAUUCAUUUCAAACAAUUUUAGUGGAUUGUGACGGGGUUCUCUGGUACGAUGACCAGCAGAUACCACUAACAUCGGAAACGGUUAACGCUCUAUUGGAGCAAGGUAAAGACGUUUACUUUGUGACAAACAAUAGCACGAAGACGCGGCAUGAAUUGUGGUUAAAGGCUCGGGCUAUGAAUUUUUGCAUAAACGAAUCUAAUAUCAUAUCACCCACAUACUCUGUGGCUAGUUACCUUAAAGCUCAUCUACUCGAGGGAAAAGCUUAUGUAAUAGGUGGCGAGGCUUUGGCCAAAGAGUUGACAGCCAUGAAUAUCGAUUUCUUUGGGACGGGGCCUGAUUUUCUCGAGCGCAGCUUAUCAGACACAGUUGAAAUGGUGGAUAAAGAGAGUGCCGAGGGAAAUAUUCAAGCAGUAAUUGUCGGAUUUGAUGAACAUUUCUCUUAUAAAAAAAUGUUAAGAGCUUGCAAUUUUCUGCAUAAAAAUGAGACUUGCAUAUUUUUGGCCACCAAUGAUAACGCUGUUGUUAAAUAUCCUCAUCAUAGUGUCCCGGAUACUGGGGCCUUGGUAGCAGCCGUGGAAACUUGUGUGGAACGCAAGGCUUUAAUUAUGGGCAAACCGAAUAGAGCCGUGGCGGAUAAACUGAUUAACGAGGGCUUAAUAAUUCCGGAAAAGACCCUAAUGAUAGGCGAUUGCGUUAAGACUGAUGUAGUCUUCGGCAAACACUGUGGUUUCUCAACUUUGUUGGUAGGAACCGGUCGUUAUCAAUGGAAGGAUGUGGAGAAAUUUGUGGAGAUGAAACUUUUUCACUAUGUCCCAGACUUUUAUAUACCUUCAUUAGGCGAUUUUAAACAAUAUUUCUAAUCAUCCGCGUAAUGUAUUCAUUUAUAAUUUAUAAUUUCGU